AUGAGCACACAGGCCUCAUCAGUCCCUCUGUUUGCAGCUCCAGUGGAUGCACGUCUUGUAAAUGGAGAGAGGCGCUGCUCGGGGCACGUGGAGAUGAAGCACCGGGGCCAGUGGAGGACUCUGAAGGUGAGCCCCAGCCAUAGGUCCUCUCGCACGGUGGGUUUUGUGGGUUUUGUAGAAUUGGCUUGUCGACAGAUGGGCUGUGGUUCAGCGACGUCUGUUAAGUUUCUACUUAACACCAUGGAUCAUAAACCCGCGUGGGAGGUCCACUUCUCCUACCAGGGCUCAGACCGAACCAUCCAACAGUGCAAAGAGAGCGCAUUAUCCCGAGGAAAAGUGGAGGCCGUGGAGUCCUAUGCUUCAAGGACCAUGGUGGAGUGUUCAGAAACCCUGAGAAUUGCUACUAUUUCUUCUUGCUCUGGGACUGUAAGGGUGAAGUCUGAUCAGGAUUGGUUGCACGUUUGUGUUUCGGAGACCCCCGGCGUGGACCCCUGGAUGGCAGGCCUGAUGUGUGCGGAGCUGGGCUGUGGGAUCACCGGACAAACCAGAUACACCAAUCAACAAACCACUGUCCCCUCCAGGAAUAUUCAGUGUUUAAGGAACGAGACGCAGCUCCACCAAUGUCCCUCCACACAAAGCGACUGCAAAAAAGUGCUCUACCUCGACUGCGACAACACAUACAGUAUAAGACUUGUUGGUGGACACAGCCAGUGCAGAGGCGUUCUCGAAGGGAAGAAUGGUGUGGAGUGGAGGCCUCUCAUUCAUGGCUGGGGUCCCUUCAGAGAGUCACAGUUAUCAAACCUGUGCAAAAAGCUGGGCUGUGGUGCAAUCAUAUCAUCCACAGAGGUGUACCUCCCCGACCACCAGCCACUGUGGCAAACCAGUUAUGAGUGCGACAGCUUUGAACGCUGCAAAAAGUGGUCGCACCAAGAAGCACAUACUGUCCUCAAUAUGUCCUGUACCGAGGCUAUAAUGCUGGUGAAUGGGGGUAACAGAUGCGCUGGAUGGGUUCAAGUCAAAUAUGGCGGCAUGUGGCAUCAUUUGUGUCAUGAUGACUUCACUCUGAUUCACGGGUUUAUCGGGUGCAGAGACAUGGGCUGUGGAUUUCCUCAGAAUCUUCCACCAUCAAAUAUCAGACAGAGCGUAAAAGACACUCUGAACAUAAGCUGUAGUGGUCAUGAACAGCGACUGACGGACUGCCGUAUCUCCUCAACACCAGCAGAGAGCAGUAGUGCUGAAUGCAAGCCUGCUUUUCUCAUGUGUGACAUAUAUCCAUCGGCGCCUGAAAUGUCCAUGUUUUCCACUUUGGCAGAUGUUGCACCACAAGCGCUAACUGGGUACAGAGGCCAUCGGGUCCUUGUCACAUGUAGUGUUACCUCACCGCAUCGAGUGAGCUCCUUUAAUCUGAAGUUUUAUUCCCACGGCUUGUUAAUGUCCCUGGAAAACAAAACUGCUGUGGACAACACUGCUCACUUUAUGUUGGGAGAACAGAUCCAAGAAGGAAAAUAUCAGUGCAGUUACGACUAUGAGCUCAGUCCUGGGAUCUUCUCUGAGCACGGAGGGUUCACUCUCAAAAUCAAAGAAGCGUCAUAUGUGCGUUUGAUGGGAGCAAAGAGCCGGUGUCUGGGCAGUCUGGAGCUGGAACACAGAGGAGAGUGGAGGCCUGUGAGCCAGCAGCUGUGGGGCCUGAAGGAGGCUGCAGUCGUGUGCAGACAGCUGGGCUGUGGCUCUGUGCUGCACACACACACACAGAGCAGUGUGAAUGAGCUGCAGCCUGUGUGGAGCUUCUUCUCUGACUGUGAGGGCUCUGAAGGGGCUCUGCUGAGCUGUGGCUCUGUCAGGGAGGGCAUGUCUGCCUCCACUGUCCACGUGCUCUGCUCAGGUACUGGCAAUAUGUUACUUAAACAGAAAUCUUAGCUCCUCCCACC